UUCAAACUUCACUACUCAGAACGGUUAUUAUUGUUUGAAAUUGGUGAAAGAUCGUUUGUAUUGCUCCGUUAUACGAAGAACCAUGGAAGAUUAUAUAAAAGUUGAGAAAAUUGGAGAAGGUACAUAUGGUGUUGUUUAUAAGGGAAAACACAAGAAAACAGGACGAAUAGUUGCUUUGAAGAAAAUUAGAAUAGAAAAUGAAGAUGAAGGUGUACCAUCUACUGCUAUAAGAGAGAUAUCUAUGUUAAAAGAACUUGUGCAUCCUAAUAUUGUUGGUCUUCUUGAUGUUUUGAUGCAAGAAAACAGGUUGUAUUUGGUAUUUGAAUUCUUGUCUAUGGAUUUGAAAAAAUACCUGGAUAGCAUUCCGAAUGGGCAAUUCAUGGAUAAAGCCUUAGUAAAGAGCUACAUGUAUCAGCUCUUAGAUGGCAUCUUAUUUUGCCAUCGAAGAAGAAUUUUACACAGAGAUCUUAAACCUCAAAAUCUGUUGAUUGAUGAGAAAGGAACAAUAAAAAUGGCUGAUUUUGGACUUGCUAGAGCAUUUGGAAUUCCAGUGAGAGUUUAUACACAUGAAGUUGUCACUCUGUGGUACAGGGCGCCAGAAAUUCUUUUGGGAUCCGAAAGAUACUCUACGCCUGUUGACAUCUGGUCAAUUGGAGCAUUUUUUGCUGAAAUGUCAAAUAAAACUCCUUUAUUCCGUGGUGAUUCUGAGAUUGAUCAACUUUACAGGAUUUUCAGAACCUUGGGAACGCCUACCGAUGAAGUCUGGCCUGGUGUAACAGAGUUGCCAGAUUAUAAAACAGUUUUUCCUAACUGGAAACAGAAUUCAUUGUCCGUCUUAACAACCCAUUUGAAUGAAGCUGGCCAAGAUUUGCUGCAGCAAAUGUUGAUCUUCAACCCUGGAAAUCGAAUUUCAGCUUUGGAAGCUCUAAAACAUAAAUAUUUUGAAAAUUUUGAGAAACCUUUUCCAAAAUAAUCUUUUACUGUGUUUUAAAAUUGUAUGUGUUUUUAUUUUUAUGCUCAUAGUUUUGUAAACAUAUCAGAGUUUUGUACAUGUAAAGUAUUAAUAAAAAAUU